UUGAUUUGUGUCACAAAUACAAGCCACACAUAACUGAAGUAGAAAGUGAAAGCAGAGGGGAGUAGGGACUGCUUCCUGCACGGAGAGUCACAUAUGACACAGUGUGUCAGAAGGACUUGACCAGAGCUGUAAAACUCCAGUCACCUCCAUGCAGUGUCCACGGCGGCCCCACGCACUCACCGGGACUGUGACAGCAUCUGUUUCCGUGAACAUUCAUUUUAAGUUUGCGUGUAUUUUACCGGAAUCCUCAAGCUCUCAGGUUUCAUCCUGACGAACCUGACCAGCAUUGGCCUUGGGCGGCUCAGGGACACCGGGACAAACCGCGCUGUGUCCGCAGCACAGGGUCAGACAAAGUCUUAGUCCCAGGCGGUGAGGUCCGGGGUGGGGACGCCCAGCGCGGGGAUCCCCUGUCCCCAGUUUCACUUCUCCAGCUCCUGACCUGUGUCAGCUCCUUCUGCCCGGACACUGAUGACGACACCUGGGCGGUGCUCACCCCAUUGGGUGUCAGGAUCCCGAGGAACCAAUCAGCGUCCGCGGGCACCGGGUAUAAAGUCCUCAGACCGCGGAACCCGGACGCUCAGAUCCGAGAUGGGGGCGGUGGCGCCGCGCACGCUGCUCCUGCUGCUGGCGGCCGCCCUGGCCCCGACCCAGACCCGCGCGG